AUUUCAAAGUGCACAUAAAAGAAGAGAAAAAUGCACCAAAAAGAAAGCGUUCCCGAGGGAAAGUACACCUGUCACACCUGUUUCCCUGCUGCAUCCUCUCCGAUCAAUAGAUAAACAAGUCAAUAAAUUAUCCUGCCAUCUAUGGGUCCACUUGGUGUGUGUGUGCGCCGCUGGCGGGCAGCAGUGAGUCUGAAGAUACCUGUCUCAGGUUCGUUCUGGGCGGAGAGCAUCUUGAAGUCUCGGUCAUUCGAGGUGGAGCCAGACGCAGGAACGAGGCGCUUUAAGAGGCGACGGACGAUUGAUGAUCCUAAACCCUGCCAUGAUCUGAUCUCAGUCCAGAUCUGUGCUCGGAAAGAGUCUGGGAGCGCGUGGUGCUGAAGAAUCCGCCGGGUUUGCGUCGAGCUGAAGCGCGGAAGCGGCUCUGGAGUCCCGCAGAGCUCCUCAGGUGGAAGACAACAACAACAACAACAACAUGGGUCAGAAAGGAGGACGGAAACGAUCACAGCUCCUGCCUCUUCUGCUGGUGUCCAGCAUGUGUUUUGUGAGUGCCGAAUACUCGAGUUGUGGAGAAAAUGAAUUUUACAAUUACACAAUCAGCAGCUGCCAACCCUGUCCACAGUGUCAGCCGGGACAAGAGCCGUACAUGAACUGUGGUUACGGCACUAAAGAUGACGAUUACACCUGCAUCGCCUGUCCAGCCGGGAAAUUCUCCAAAGGCAAAUACGAGAUCUGCCGUCGACACAAAGACUGCGACUCGCUGUACCGCGCCACCAUCCUGACGCAGGGGACUCUGGAGAGCGAUGCCGAGUGUGGACCGUGUUUACCGGGGUACUACAUUCUGGAGAACCGUCCGCGUAACAUCUAUGGCAUGGUGUGCCACUCCUGUCAGAACGCUCCUCGAAACAUCAAAGAGUGCAUGCAGUCGACGCCGCCGUCAUCGGGCCGAGCUCCCAGCGUGUCGUCCAGCAGCACCACCAUAUUCCCACACGCAGAGAAAGAUCCAACAGGACAAGGUCACCUAGCAACAGCCCUCAUCAUCGCCAUGUCAACCAUCUUCAUCAUGGCCAUCGCUAUAGUGAUGAUUAUUAUGUUCUACAUCCUGAAGACCAAACCAAGUGGACAAGCAUGCUGCUCUGGACAAAUAAUAAAAACAGUGGAAGCCCAAACAAACAAGCAGGAGGAGAAGAAGGAGGUUCAAGAAAACGUGGUGAUCUUUGCAGAAAAGGAUGAAUUUGAUAAGCUCAAGCCUUCAUCUCCAAAAACAGCAAAGAGUGAGAACGACGCGUCAUCAGAGAACGAGCAGCUUUUGAGUCGCAGCAUCGACAGCGACGAGGAAGCAGCUCAGGACAAACAGGGAGCCGCUGACCUUUGCCUUCUGUCUCUGGUGCAUCUGACGCGGGACAAGACCUGCUCCAGCAACACCAUCACCAACAACAACAACAACAUCAACACCAGCAGCAGAGCCACCGGGAUUCACAGCAGAAGGAAAAAGAUCCUGGAUUUGUACACAAAAGCCUGCAGUGUUGCGGAGGGUCUGAGUCCGACCGAGCUGCCCUUCGACUGUCUGGAGCGCAUCAGCCGCAUGCUCAGCGCCACCUACAGCACAGAUAAGGCGGUGGUGAAGACGUGGAGGCAUCUGGCCGAGAGCUUCGGGCUGAAGCGUGACGAGAUCGGAGGCAUGACGGACGGCAUGCAGCUCUUCGACCGCAUCAGUACGGCGGGAUACAGCAUCCCGGACCUGCUGACCCGUCUGGUCCAGAUCGAGCGGCUGGACGCGGUUGAGGCCCUCUGCUUCGACAUUCUGGGCCCCGAGAACAGCGUCCCUCCAUCCAGCCACCAUCCCAAUCUCACCUCGCGCUGCGCCAGCGUCUGACAGAACCCAUCCGCACCAGACCCGGGGCCUGUUCAUAAAGUGUUGCGCAGAAACCAUCCUAACCCAAGUUUAAUGUACUUAAAGCGCUCUAUUUUCAAAACGUUACGCACAAAUCUAAGAAUUGCACACACCAAAAAUAAAUUUAAAAUGCGCUUUUAACAUACUAUCUCUGUAUUUUAAGUGUAUUUAGUCACCACUUGUAGUGCACUUGAGUGUGAAAUAUGGGUACUACAAGUGGUAACUAAAUAUAUUUUUUAAAUACAGAGAUAGUAUGUUGAAAGCACAUUUUAGUUCAUAUUCAUGGUGUCCUAAAACAGCACAGUUGAGUACACUUAGUUAAUCUUAAAAAGUACUAAAGAAUCAUUUUUAGUAUAUUAAGUACAAAAUUAGUGCACGAAACUAGAGCACUUUAAGUACAUUAUGGAAGUGUGCUUUUUUCUCUCUGGGAAAUUUGAUCUUACGAUCAUCUCUCAAAUAUGCGUACGUGCACACAGAAAACGCAGAUGUGAAAUCUAUGAAUCGCGAAUGAUCUUGAACUUGCACGCAACUGAAUGGUUUCAGCUCUCUGCUCGUAAACGACUCCUAAUUAAUGUGAUUAACAUAAACGAUCACCAGUCGUCAUCCAAAUGCUUUAAUUUAGAACAGAGAGCUGCAAGAACAGCUUACACUUUCAGAAACCUGCAGUACUCCGACAACAAAAGGUGUACGUCAAAGCCAGUUUUUACAAAUAUGAGCGCUGGCGUGGAUUAAAGCGCACGCGCUCUCUCACGCUUCAUAAACGAGGCCCUGAAGUCAGAACUCUGUCACUGGCCAGUCUGUGUAUUUCUGAAAUGGACUCGCGCUGUUGAUUUCUGAUGACAGAUGGAGGAAAUGCGACCGAUCACAAACGCUCCGAAACAUUUCUACACGUGGACAGACUCUACGAGCUGUGUUUUUAAGCGUUUUCAAGAACGUGUUGUAUUCUCAGAGACGUUACAGUGACCGUCUGCUUUCUUUCUGCUGCGACAACAGCCUGAAGAAUCUCACUGAGUGAGUUCAAGUUCGUUAAACGCUCUAAAUGUGCAUAACGAGCUACCUGGCACACAACACAUCUGUUUCAAGGCAAGACACUCAGGCUUAACUAAUCGAUAUUUAUAUAUACUUCACCAGCUGAUUAAUCUCAGCACAUUAAAACUAAAGGUUUUUUUUAAAUAUGCAAAUGAGGCAUUAUCUAAUUAAAUAUGCUAUUAAAUAAUUUGCAUUCAUUCAUUCAGAAAACACUGUCAACAGACAGAAAACAAUCACAUUUUCACCAUGUUUUUAGUAGUAAAAUGUGCUAUAAAUGAGUGUGAAUGAAAUAUGAACAAACCUUCAGAGGAAUAAAACUGUAAAAUCUGGUGUUUGUAACAGAAAUAAACUGAAAUCUACAGAUGCAAAUAGAUAAAGUGCAAUAAAAUAAACACACUUCCAUGCGUAUUUUGGAGGCUCUCUUUCCACUAGUCUGGAAGCAAAAUAGAUUGAAAUCCCAAUAAACAGUUCUGUACUGCUACUAAAACAUUUAUUUUCAAAAAUGCAAAAUAAUCAUUUUAAAAUAAUUUUAAAAAUACAUUUAAUAAAACAAAUAAAUAGAAAAUUAAAAUGAUUAAAUAUUUAAAACAUGUUUUGUUACAAUAAACAGUUCUGGUACUACUACUAUUUUUAUUAAAUGCAUUUAAAAAAAAAAAAUCUCUUUAAAAUAUUUUUAAAUCAAUUUAAUAAUGAAAAAUAACUUUAAAAAUUAUUUAAAAUGUUUACAUUUUUGUUACUUUUGUACAAUAAACAACUACUACUAUUAUUAUUAUAUUUAUUUUUAAAUUAUUUCAAAAACAAUAAGAAAAACAUUUAAAAUUUUGUUAAUUUUAUAUAAUAAACAGUUGUGGUACUAUUAUUAUUAUUAUUAUUAUUAUUAAGAAAUGUAUUUUUAAAAAAGUAAUAUUUUUUAAAAUAUUGAAAAAAAAAUGCGUUUGCCUGUAGUGUCUUGCCUAAAUGUCACAGAGAUGUGAAGGAAACUCUCAAACAUGGUACGUGUGUGUGUGUGUGUGUGUGUGUGUGUGUGUGUGUGUGUGUGUGUGUGUGUCGUCCCACAAUCACCUUCGAUGAACUCACUGUAUCUGCUCACAUUCAGAAUAUGGACUCAAUGAAAUUCUGACAGAAACAUAAAUCUGUUUAAGAGAGUCAGAGAGCUGCGGCUUGUGUGUGUCUCCGAGUGUUUAAGUGUGUGUGUGUGUGUGUGUGUGUGUGUGUGCGUGAGUAUGUGUGCUUAAGUGUGUGUGUGUCCUGCGGCGAGCCGCUGCUGCUGGACUAAUUGUGUGGAAUUGGUGUUUUAUGACUCUAAAGCGGCUGUGAUUUCCAGCACCUCAUUAACUAAUAAUCCAAACGGAAAAGCUAUAAAGUGUGCGAUGGGAAGCAGAGGCAGCUGUGCAAACCUUUUAACUGCAUGCAGAAGCGUUUAAUGACCCGACACACACUUCUGACCGUCACACAGCUCGUGUUUGAGGCUUCGUCACUCAGACGUUUGCAGGGAAUGACUGAACGGAGCCGGUCUCCUGGACAAUCACACACAGAACCACUUCAGAUACUGGCUUCAGCUUUUGUUGUUGUUGCAUCAUGUUUGUUUCCCCUCCUCACGUCCCACGUUAAUAUAUAUAUAUAUAUACUGUAUAUCAACAAACAAUGCAUUUUAUUUUAGGUUCAACUUGUAAAGGCCACGUCAACCUCAUAGUCAAGUUUCUAGCAGAGCUCCUGGAUCAAUGCAACAAACACAACUGUAUAUAUAACUUAUUAUUGUACAUAUGCACCAUGUAAAGAAAUAAAAUGAGAAAAUUAUA